AUGGUAUACUAUCAGACACAGAAUGAAGACAGAGGUGGGAUUUCCAGAAGAAAACGCAAUGUAUUGUUUCCCAGUGGAGUUAAACUUUGUGCACAAGAAACUGUGGAGCAAGCAAUUGCAAAUCAUCUGGAUUAUUUUCACCUGCGAGUGUGCCAGGAGACAGUGUGGGAGGCCUUCAAGAUCUUCUGGGACCGUCUGCCAGAGCCUAACGAGUACCAGGACUGGAUGACCUUGUGCCGAGAGAGCAGAGCCAGCACCCUUGAUAUUGGCACCAAUUUCAGCAAGUCCUCAGAGCAUGUGGCCCUGGUACACAGUCCAGUUACAAAAGAGAUUCUGUGGCCUGAGACAUUCACUGUGAGGCUCAGCCCAGAGGCCACGCAGGAAGUCACUGAGGUGGCUGCACAGGAAGUCAGCAUUGGUGGGGAGGUUAUUACGCCAGUUCAGGAAGUCACCUUGGCAGUGGUGCAUGAAGUCACUCCACAAAGCACAGCUACGAGGACAGAGGGCACAGACAAGAUCACUAAUGAAAUCGAAUUGGACAUCUUAACGAGGCCGACCUGGUCACCAAGGGAACAGAUGGUGGAGCUGAGCAUUCAACUAAAGGGUGAAGUUUACAGUGAUGCCUUGAAGGACCCAUUCAGUUUCUACUACCAGCGUCUGGCACAGCAGUUCAUUGAGAAGGUUGAAGACGCAUUUGAGAAACUGCCAGGGUUCAAUAAUGUCGUUGUACUUGAAUUUAGGGACAGUGCUGUGGUUGUCCACUAUGUUGUGACCCUUGAGGUGGAUGGGGGAAUCAGCAAGGAGACCCUGGACUAUAUCAACCUGCAGUCCAACCUGGUGGGAAAUUCAUAUCCAGAGCUGGAUGAACAGCCCACUGUUGUCUACACCAUCACUGACUUCCGUAAUUACAUCACUGAAGCUCUGCACAAGGAGAACUUCAUUGGCAACACCACACUGACUGUGGACCCGAGCACUCUAGAGUUGGAGAAUGGUAUGCUGAAUGACCCCUCUCUGUUCUCCGAGGACAACAUUCUUGCUGCAGAGAACCUGCCGAAUCUGCCAGGACAGGACCUGAACAACAACAACAUCUUCAACAGUGGCGUCAGCAAGGAUGACUUCCCAGUUGACUUCAUCCACUCCUCUGACCCAUGGAUGGGGUCACAGGACGUGGAGGCCAGUGAGAAUGAUGUCAUCAUCUUGAAUGAAAGUCCAACUCUGCCCCCUCCAGUGUUUCCUGACAGGAUAUUUGAUCAUGGAGACCUUGAAGAUGGACUUCUAUAUGGCAACAAAGUGGUUACCAAAACCAGUGGUAAUAUUGCCAUAGGAAUGUCCCCUGGGGGUGCAAUCACUGAUAUUGCAGGUCCUGCUCCAGAGCCACCUGGUAGCCAGGAUGAAAAGUCUGUGCACUUGAUUGACAUUGGGUCUGGAUCUGGAUUGGCUGGAGAGGAGGAAGGGGAUGGAGAGCCCCCCACACUGUCAACACAUGUUGCACACAGCCAGGUGGAUUUGAACUUUGGCUCAGACCUGGCCUUAAAUGAGGCACCGAUGUAUGUGGAUGUAGAGUUUUACACAGAGGAACCUGCUGUUGGGGUGUUCGAUCUUCCAGUUGUCUAUGCAAAAACACCCUUGUCUUUGGAACCCCCUUCCAAUGGAUAUGAUGAGGAUGUCCAGAUAUUGGAGGUAGAGGAAGGUGUGGUUCCCUUGGUAGCACAGGGCCCCCAUGUGGAGAUUUCAGAAGAGGAACAGGCUAAAGAUGGGAUCCUAGUGGUCAGCCCAACAGUGAGAGGACCUCCAGUCCCAGAGAUCCAGAGCACUGCCACCCCAAUGCUUCUUUCUCCUGAGAAGGAGUCACCUUUCACAGUCACCUUCGCGCCUGAGGACAGACCACUACCUCCUUCUUCCAUUCCACACUUGCCUGUUGCUGAGGAGUCUUUGCCCGAAGGAGCCAUAAUGGACUCUGGGGGGCCUGUGAAGCCUGUUCCUGACUCUGUUGCUUCAGACAACUCAGAGACAGAAAUCAUGCUCACCACUCAGCCUCCAUUUUACCAGCCCACCUUCAGACCGACAGAAGCCUUGUUAGGUGCCAAGGUGACAUCUAAUGAGGAGGGAGAGGUUAUUAGAAUAACCCUUCAGCCUGACUUCAUAGACCCCACUAUGCUCAAUGAGCAGAGGAAACAGGAUGGCAAGAUGCAAGCCCCUGGAGAACCUACUGCCAGAGACUGGGAUCACUCUUUUGAGGUUCCCCACUAUGGCAGGCCAGGCUACACAGACGGGGACAGCAGUAGUGGGUACCCAUUUGGCAUCGCUCAUGGCACUGACAUGGCCAGUGUGGCCAAGCCCAAUAAUGGAAGCUCCUUGGGUCGGGCCCUGAUGGUGUUCUUCAGCCUUAGAGUCACCAACAUGAUGUUCUCAGAAGACCUCUUUAACAAGAGCUCACCUGAGUACAAGGCACUGGAACAGAGGUUUCUGGAGCUGCUCGUACCUUACCUGCAAUCCAACCUCAGCAAUUUCCAGAACCUGGAGAUCCUCAACUUCAGGAAUGGCAGCAUUGUGGUGAACAGCAGGAUGAAAUUUGGCAAGCCCGUGCCGCAUGGUGUCACCAAUUCAGUCUACCUCAUCCUGGAAGACUUCUGUAAUACAGCUUACCAGACCAUGAACCUCGCCAUUGAUAAGUACUCAUUGGAUGUCGAGUCAGGUGAGCAGGCAGACCCAUGCAAAUUUCAGGCCUGUAAUGAGUUCUCUGAAUGCACAGUCAACCGCUGGUCAGGCGAGGCGGAGUGUGUGUGCAAUGCAGGGUACUUCAGUGUGGAAGGCCUUCCCUGCCAGAGCAUGUGCGACCUGAGGCAGGACUUCUGUAUGAACGACGGGAAGUGUGACAUCAUCCCUGGCCAGGGCGCCAUUUGCAGGUGUCGGGUAGGGGAAAACUGGUGGUACCGGGGGGAGCACUGUGAGGAAUAUGUGUCUGAGCCAUUAGUGGUGGGCAUCGCCAUUGCCUCAGUUGCCGGGUUCCUGCUUGUUGCCUCCGGGGUCAUCUUCUUCCUUGCCAGGACUCUACGAGACCAGUAUGACAAGGAUGAGACAGAGGACCCUGUCCGUCGUGGGGACAGUAUGCUGUCCUUGGAGAGAGCAACUAAGUACAACCCCAUGUAUGAGAGUGACAUCACCACAGGAUACAGUCACUACUACCGCCGUUACCCAGAGAUGCCAUGCUACAGUAGCGCUAGUGCUGAAGCCUCCACUGACUUCAGCAGUGAGGAGAUCCGGCACAUCUAUGAGAACAGCGAGCUCACCAGAGAGGAAAUUCAGGAUCGGAUACGAAUAAUUGAGCUGUAUGCAAAGGACCGGCAAUUUGCAGAUUUUGUUCGACAGCACCAAGUGAGCUUGGAUAUUCAACGUGAGAGUUCCUCAACAUAGACCUGGAAGAUGUGGAUGAUAAGGGAGCUACAAUGGUGUCUCUCCAACACUUCAGAAAUUCACCUCCAUCUUUGAAGAGAAGAUGAGAAAGGAAAUGUAUGGGUACCACCACCUCCUGUUGCCCUGACAGAAUAGACAUUGGGGGAUUCAUUUAAUUUAC